AAUGGUUAAAGUUGAGGCAAAAGAAGACACAAAAUGCUUUAGGUUAAGGUGCAAAUUACGCACAAUUAACAAUGGUGUAAAUGAUUACAAGAAAAAAAAGUUACUCCACAGAAAGAGUUCUGCUGCUUGGUCUGUUUUGUGCCACACUCUCAUUACUCAGAAGAGGUGAGCAAUAACGUCAGAAGGGUUUCACUGCAAAACCUUUAUGAAGGAGUUUUGAGGUUUGACAUCUCCAGGGAACAGCUGAUCCUUACAGUGCCUCACAUGGGAAACAUGUCCUGAGAGGAUUCACAGCAACAAUUCUGCAAUUUUCUUAUAUAGUGUACAGCAUCUAGACACAGUCUUCUGCCAUGAAGCUGCUGUUGAAGUUACAGAAACUAAAACUCUUGUGGACUCUGAAACCUCCUAAUAGGGCUUUCCAUGGACAUCCCAGGCUGCUUUCCUGUGAUGUAUAUUCCCAGUAUGAGUCCAUCAGACAGGGCAAACAGGAAAUACCAAAGUACUUUAACUUCGCAAGUGAUGUACUGGACAAAUGGUCUGAGAUUGAAAAGGCUGGAAAGAGACCAUCAAACCCUGCUUUCUGGUGGGUAAGUGGAGAAGGAGAAGAAGUGAAGUGGAGCUUUGAGGAGCUGGGGUUCCUGUCUCGGAAAGUGGCCAAUGUACUGACUAAAGAAUGUGGACUGCAGAAGGGAGACAGGCUUGUCCUGAUCCUACCACGAAUUCCAGAAUGGUGGCUGGUCAAGGUGGCUUGUAUGCGAGCAGGAAUUGUCAUAAUCCCAGGAACAUCCCAAUUAACAGCCAAGGACAUACUGUACCGACUCCAGGCAUCAAAGGCUUCGUGCAUCAUUACCACUGACAAACUGGCUCCUGCAGUGGACUCGGUGGCAUCCCAGUGCCAGCACCUGAAAACCAAGCUAAUGGUGUCCAAAGGCAGCAGGGAGGGAUGGCUGAACUUUACUGAGUUGUACCAAAACCAAUCUGCUGACCAUUCCUGCAUCAAAACAAGGAUUCAAGACCCAAUGAUUAUCUUCUUUACCAGUGGAACUACAGGUUCUCCAAAGAUGACUCUACAUUCCCAGGGGAGUCUUGGUUUCAGACCCCUUUUAAGUGAAAGGUACUGGCUGGAUUUUACUCCCUCUAACAUGAUAUGGAACACUGCAGACACAGGAUGGAUACUAACUUCAAUAGCAUCUUUUUUUGAUCCUUGGGUUUUCGGAUCAUGUGUCUUUAUACAUAACCUACCACAGACUGACUCAGGAGUUAUCCUAAAUACUCUCUGCAGAUUCCCAAUUGAUGCCCUGGUCGGUGCUCCAACAUUGUUCCGCAUGCUGGUGCAAAAUGAUCUGUCCAAAUACAAAUUCAUGAGCCUGAAGUACUGCAUGAGUGGAGGGGAACCACUCAACCCAGAAGUCAUGGAGCAGUGGAAGAGCCAGACUGGGGUGGACAUCCAGGAAGUAUAUGGCCAGACUGAAAUGGGAAUAAUCUGUUCUGGUUUUAAAGGAAUGAAGAUUAAAUCUGGAUCAAUGGGGAAAGCAGCUCCCCUUUAUGAUGUUCAGAUCGUAGACAAAAAUGCCAAUAUCCUGCCUCCAGGACAACAGGGGGAAAUUGCUGUCAGAAGCAAACCUAUAAGGCCACUUGGUUUUUUCUCUGAAUAUUUAGAUAACCCUAAGAAAACUGCAGAAAGUGAACGUGGGGAUUUUUAUGUCACUGGAGACAGAGGGACUAUGGAUGAAGAGGGAUAUUUCCAUUUUAUUGGCAGAGACGAUGACAUCAUCAUUUCCUCAGGGUAUCGUAUUGGGCCAUUUGAAGUAGAGAGUGCCCUGAUAGAGCACCCAGCUGUGGUGGAAACAGCUGUUGUCAGCAGCCCAGACCCCCUCAGAGGAGAGGUUGUGAAAGCAUUUGUGGUUCUAUCCCCAACAUUUUCAUCCACUGACCUGAAGACCUUAAUUCGUGACUUGCAGGACCAUGUCAAGAAAACUACUGCUCCAUAUAAAUACCCUAGAAAGAUGGAAUUUGUCAAAGAGCUGCCAAAGACAGUCACUGGGAAGAUCAAGAGGAAUGAAUUAAGAGACAAAGAGUGGGGACGGAUAUAACAUUGUUUGGAAUUUAACAGAACUUCCAUUCCAUUAGCACUAUAUGCAUUUCCCUACUAUAGCUGCCAUCAUUCUGAUUUCUUUAUGUUAAGUGUCUGAGCAUCAAAAAACUACAGGUAACAUCAAGAUGUAAUAUUUGUGCCUGCUUGCAGAGUUUCCAAUGUCAAUACCUGACUGAAUUGUAUUAUUCUGGGUGAAAAAUAAAAUUUUCAAUAGACAACUUCAAUAGCCUUUCCCUUUGAGACCUCCUCACCAUCCCUCUUGCAGCCCAGCUUCCAUUUGAUGUUAUUCUUGAGAGACAAUAAAAAAAUAUGAUGCCCACA